CUCUGAAUUAACUCCACUAUGUCUCUAUCCAUAUUUCUCUUCUAUAAAAGCAAACGGAGCCCCAAGUACCAAUCUCAUUCCUCAACGCAAUUCAUUCGGUGCCGGGUUGAACUUGAAGAUACUUUCCCACAGAAACUCAAUUCUCCUCUCUCUGUCUCCAGCUGCAGGAAGGUAACAUGGCUGCUCUACCAACUGCAGAUAUUUGUGACUCAAAUGCAGCAUCUUUAGUGAACGGUGAUGUGAGGAUACUGCAUCCAGUGUUCCAGAGUUAUGGUCAGACCCGGGCAUUCUCGGGCCCCGUUGUGACGGUGAAGGUGUUAGAAGACAAUGUUUUGGUUAGGGAGGUUCUUGAGAUGAAAGGAGAAGGAAGAGUUCUGGUUAUUGAUGGAGGAGGAAGCAUGAGGUGUGCAUUGAUGGGAGGGAAUAUGGUGCGGUUGGCACAGAGUAUGGGUUGGGCUGGGGUUGUGGUGAAUGGGUGUGUUAGAGAUGUGGAUGAGAUCAAUGAAUGUGACUUUGGCGUGAGAGCUUUGGCUUCUUAUCCUCUCAAAUCCGGGAAAAAGGGCACUGGAGAAAAGCAUGUCCCUGUUUAUGUUGCAGGUGCAUUGAUUCAUGAAGGAGAAUGGCUGUAUGCAGAUAAUGACGGUAUUCUUGUGUCAAAGUUUGAGUUGUCAACCUGAAAUUCUGGAGGUGAAUUGUAUUGUAUGUUCAGUAGGAUGAAGUCAUGCUGUACUGGUUUAUUUAUAAAAUAAAAGUUAUUCACAUGAUGAAUGACCGAAUAUUUCACAA